AGGGAUGAUCUGAUAAUGUAUCUGAUAAAAUACCCCAUUCACACAGACAGUCCUCAGGCAAAUUUAUUUCAGUCAUUGGAAUCGGUUCCACAUCUGUUGAGUCGAUUCAUAAGUUCUUCGGAGUCGACUCACAGCUCAGAGUUUCGUAUUCUCGGCGAUUCCUUGCAGCAGCAGCAGCAGCAGCACCAGGGCCACGGAGAUUUAGCAUCACGCACGAUGAAGCCGUGGAGGCACCUCUGGAGGAGCAAGUCAGGACUCACGGCUGUGGUGUUGUUAUUAAGCCGAGCGGCUCGGAUUAGCGCGGAUGACGGGGCGAUGGAGGAUCUGACCACGGAGAAGGAGGCAGAGGAAAGUCACCGUCAGGACAGCGUUAAUUUACUCACCUUCAUCCUUCUGCUGACGCUCACCAUUCUCACUAUAUGGCUGUUCAAACACAGACGAGUGCGUUUCCUGCACGAAACCGGCCUAGCGAUGAUCUACGGCUUGCUGGUGGGGGUAAUCCUGCGCUACGGAAUCCCCUCGACCAGUUACCACCAUCAGACUCCGCCCAGCUGCUCCCUGAAGGAGGGGCCAGUCAGCACCCUGCUGCUCAACAUCAGUGGCAAGUUCUUCGAGUACACACUGAAGGGUGAGAUCAACUCCCGAGAAAUCCACAACGUGGAACAGAACGAUAUGCUUCGGAAGGUGACCUUUGACCCGGAGGUUUUCUUCAACAUCCUGCUACCUCCGAUCAUAUUCCAUGCAGGAUACAGCCUGAAGAAGAGACACUUCUUCAGGAACCUGGGCUCCAUCAUCACUUAUGCGUUCCUGGGGACCGCCAUCUCCUGCUUCGUCAUCGGGAAUCUGAUGUAUGGAGUGGUGAAGCUGAUGAAGGUUGUUGGACAGCUCAAUGAUAAAUUCUACUACACUGACUGUCUGUUCUUCGGCGCCAUUAUCUCUGCUACAGACCCUGUCACUGUGCUGGCUAUCUUCAAUGAGCUCCAUGCUGAUGUGGAUCUUUAUGCACUGCUGUUCGGCGAGAGCGUUAUGAAUGACGCUGUGGCCAUCGUCCUCUCAUCGUCUAUCAUGGCCUACCAGCCCAGCGGCGUAAACACACACACGUUUGACGCCUCGGCCUUCUUUAAAUCCGUCGGCAUUUUCAUCGGGAUCUUUAGCGGCUCCUUCGCCAUGGGCGCGGUCACCGGAGUCGUCACCGCCCUCGUCACCAAGUUCACUAAGCUGCACUGUUUCCCCCUGCUGGAGACAGCACUCUUCUUCCUCAUGUCCUGGAGCACCUUCCUGUUGGCUGAGGCGUGUGGCUUCACAGGUGUUGUAUCGGUGUUGUUCUGUGGGAUCACGCAGGCUCACUACACCUACAACAAUCUGUCAGAGGAGUCGACCAAACGCACCAAACAGCUGUUCGAGGUGCUGCACUUCCUGGCAGAGAACUUCAUCUUCUCCUACAUGGGCUUGGCUCUGUUCACCUUCCAGAACCAUGUCUUCAACCCCAUCUUCAUCGUGGGAGCAUUCAUCGCCAUUUUUAUUGGUCGAGCCUUGAACAUCUAUCCCCUGUCCUUCCUGCUGAACCUCGGUCGCAGACACAAAAUCGGUGCCAACUUCCAACACAUGAUGAUGUUUGCAGGACUACGAGGAGCGAUGGCGUUUGCUCUGGCGAUUCGUGACACUGCGACGUACGCGAGACAGACGAUGUUCACCACCACGCUGCUCAUUGUCUUCUUCACCGUCUGGGUGUUUGGUGGAGGAACUACACCCAUGCUGUCAUGGCUGCAUAUCAGAGUGGGCGUGGACCCUGAUCAAGACCUUCAGCAAUGUGGAGACAGCUUCCUGGUCCUUCAAGGGGAUGGAAGUCAGCAGGAGGGCCAGAGCAAGACGAAGCAGGAGAGUGCUUGGCUCUUCAGACUCUGGUACACGUUUGACCACAACUACCUGAAACCCAUCCUGACCCACAGCGGACCUCCGCUCACCACCACCUUACCGGCCUGCUGUGGACCGCUGGCACGCUUCCUCACCAGCCCUCAGGCCUAUGAGAACAGUGAGCAGCUACAGGACAGCGACUCGGACCUUAUCCUGACAGACAGGGACCUGACGCUGACGUACGGCGACACGGCCAUCACGGUUAACGGGGCCUCGUCUUCAUCAUCGGCGUCGGGACCGAAGAGCGGCAAGCGCAACGGCAGCACGUCCGAGGAGGCGCUGGAGAGAGAGCUGGACUCGCGGGAACAGGAGCUCCUGAGCCGGGGCACGCGGUUGGUUUUCCCCAUGGAGGAUCACGCCUGAGACUUCGCCACUACUCGCUGACUCCCUCUGCACAUUCUCUCUCUCUCUCUCCCUCUCUCUAUCUAUCUCUCUAUCUCUCUCUCUCUCUCUCUCUCCAUGCGUAGGACACCUCACUCCAUCUGAUCCUCCUGUGCUGCUUUAAAGACAUCAUGCAGGGGAGAGGUUAAGAAGGGGAAGAGUCUGAGCGAGAAGAUUGUGUGUUUACUGAACUGCAGAAGAUGCAGAACUUUGGUGAUACUGUGAUUCCAGGAAACAGACUGGAUUUUUCCGAGCAUGGCGAGGAACUCUGGGAAUGCUGGGAGGUGUGAGGGCCAUGUUUGACUGUAUGUGGGGAAUUUUAUUUUGUUCUGUUGUUCAUUGCCCACACUGAACAGCUGAAAAUGUGACCCUGAAGUAUAGAUGUGAAGUCUGUCUGCCUCA